CACACGACAAAACAUGUACCGUUCCCACUGUUUCCGGGUAUGGCUCAGUGGUGCUUGCUGCUGUCACCGCCGGCCACCGCAGACCUCUUCUCGCUCUGUGCAGCCGAACCCCACACGCACCAGACACCAGCCCGUUUCCCCACCCCCAGGACCACUACCCACGCUCGGUGUCAACGGAUUGGCCGAUUCUGGGUGCCUCGUGGCACACUGAAAAUGCCACGCUCCUUCCUGGUCAAGAGCAAGAAGGCUCACACCUACCACCAGCCCCGCGUGCAAGGGGAGGACCCGGUCUGGCCUCCUGUCUUCACCCCUGUGGCCAGGGAUCAGGUCCUGGGCAAUGGCCCGGUCCUCAGCACAUCGUUCCCGAACCAGUGCCUGGACUGGACCAGCCUUAGACGGGAGCCGGAGCUGGACGCCGACCGGGGCUUGACCAGCGUGGCCCCAGAACCAGAGGCUCCCAUCAUGAUGUCCCGAACCCAGGAUGGGGACUCGCCACUCUCCGACUCGCCCCCUUUCUACAAGCCCAGCUUCUCCUGGGACACCCUUGCAUCAUCCUACGGCAACGGCUACCGGCAGGCGCCCUCCACCAUGCUGUCCUCCUUCCUGGAGCGCUCCGUCAGGCUAUACGGCAGCCCUCUGGUGCCCAGCACUGAGCCCCCACUGGACUUCAGCCUCCGCUACUCCCCAGGCCUGGACGCAUACCACUGCGUCAAGUGCAGCAAGGUAUUCUCCACACCACAUGGGCUCGAAGUGCACCACAGCGGGACCCGGCCCUUCGCCUGCGACGUCUGCGGCAAAACCUUCGGCCACGCUGUGAGCCUGGAGCAGCACACACACGUCCACUCCCAGGAGCGCAGCUUUGAGUGCCGGAUGUGCGGCAAAGCCUUCAAGCGCUCGUCCACCCUGUCCACCCACCUGCUCAUCCACUCGGACACACGGCCCUACCCCUGCCAGUUCUGCGGCAAGCGCUUCCACCAGAAGUCGGACAUGAAGAAGCACACCUACAUCCACACCGGGGAGAAGCCACACAAGUGCCAGGUGUGCGGGAAGGCCUUCAGCCAGAGCUCCAACCUCAUCACGCACAGCCGCAAGCACACGGGCUUCAAGCCCUUCAGCUGUGAGCUGUGCUCCAAGGGCUUCCAGCGCAAGGUGGACUUGCGGCGGCACCGUGAGAGCCAGCACAGCCUCAAGUGAAGCCCGCCUGCCCAUCCUGAGGUCCUGUGCCGAGCAGCCAGCCUCACACACUCGGAUCCCCAACUUUCUGGAGGUGACACUGGACUGGAGUCCAUGAAAUUGCUGUGUGACCUUGGGCAAGUCACCUUCCCUCUCUGGACGAAUGUACCUGCUGCCACAUGUUUGGGAGUGGGGCUGAGUCUCUGAGCUGAAGUUGUCUAUGGCGGGUUCAGGUACAGUUCCCAGCAGAACACAGGUGCACCUGGUGCCAAGAAUGGACCAGGCCUGGGACCCACAGAGAAGUCCUCCUCUGGCCUGCUACCCACUGGGCUGGCCCUGGUCACCUGGAUUUUAGUGGGCUCUUCCUGGCUGACAGAUAGAGCUGCCUCCCACCCAGUGGGAGGUCUGGCUCUCCUCUGCCUCAGCCAGCUGUGCCUCCCCAGCAUCCUGCCGUCCUCCAGGAUCCUGGCCCCAUGGACAGGCGUGGGACAGAGAACGCAGCAGCCGUUGCUGCCACAGUUGUUCCUCUUGGCUGCUGUAAAUAAAGAUGAA